AUGGCGGGCGGUGGUGGAAAACCCCAGAACGUCUUCAAGCUCAACCGCGGAGAUGAUCCACAGGAAGUCCUGAACUGGAGGCUAUGGUUCGCUGUCGUCUCUUUCGGUAUCAUGGGAGCAGCUCGAGGCAUUGACGAAGGUCUUAUUUCUGGGACUCUGGCCAAAGAAAACUUCAGAGCGCUCUUGGGUCUCGACAAGAUGGAUGACGUUAAGCUUGCCAACGUCAAAGGCAACAUCUCUGCUAUGGUGCAAAUCGGCAGUGUUGGCGGUGCAGCGCUGGUGAGGGAUUUCUGGCCCACGUUCUGGAUGAAGGCUGAUCUUAACAAGGCAUUCAUUCUCUGCGACCGUAUCGGACGCCUCUGGGCGACGCGACAACUCUGCUGCCUCUGGACUCUCGGGGUGGUGAUCUUUCUGACCAACGGCGGCCGACUUGGACAAGUCUACGCCGGGAGAUUCAUUGCUGGACUCGGCAUCGGACAAACGACAGUUGUAGCACCGGUCUACCUUUCUGAAAUCGCACCCAAGUCGGUUCGGGGUCUCUGCACCUGUGCAUUCUCGGGGAGUGUCUACAUCGGUAUCAUGUUGGCAUAUUUCGCUUCAUGGGGAUCUGAGAUUCAUAUGCGAGAUGGAUCUCGGAAUCAAUGGGUGGUACCAACUACCAUCCACCUCAUGUUUGCCGGACUCAUCGCCAUCCUCUCCUUCUUCAACUACGAGUCUCCUCGCUACCUCGUCAAGAUUGGCCAGGUCGACCGCGCAACCGUCAACCUGGCGCGAGUCCGUGGCCUCAACGUGAGCCACGAGCACGUCAAGAGAGAGAUCUUCGACAUCGAGCAACAGCUCCGGGAAGAAGAAGAAGCGACCAUGGGCCAAGGCUGGGUCGGCUACCUCAAAGAGAUGUUCCUGAUGCCCAACAACGUCUACCGAAUCUACCUGGGCCUCUUCUCACAGCUGCUCGCGCAAUGGUCCGGCGCCCAGAGCAUCACGAUCUACGCGCCCGAGUUCUUCGCCCUCCUCGGGACCGAAGGCCAGAACGAGAAGCUGUUCGCGACCGCCAUCUUCGGCGUGGUCAAGUUCGUCGCGGCCAUCGUCUGCGCCCUGUUCCUGGUCGACGUGAUCGGCCGGAAGCGCUCGCUCGGCAUCGGCAUCACCCUCCAGGCCCUCUCCAUGUGCUUCAUCGCCGCCUUCCUCACGGCCGUGCCGGGCAUCGGGCGAUCCGAGGACUUUGAGUUCACCACGGGGCAGAAGCGCGCCAGCACGGCUGCCAUCGUCAUGAUCUACCUGUCGGGCAUCGGCUGGGCCAUGGGCUGGAACAGCAUGCAGUACCUGCUGAACGCCGAGAUCUACCCGCUGCGUAUCCGCGCCGUCUCCUCCUCGCUGGUCAUGUGCUUCCACUUCGUCAACCAGUACGGCAACUCGCGCGCCGUCCCCAACAUGCUGCUAGAGCGCGACGAGGGCGGCCUCGGGCCCGCGGGCACCUUCUGGACCUUCACCGUCAUCACGCUCAUCGGCGGCGUCUGGGCCUGGUUCUUCAUCCCCGAGACGGCCGGCCGCAGCCUGGAGAGCAUGGAUCGCCUGUUCCGCCUGCCCUGGUACCGCAUCGGCCGCUUCGGCGAGGGGGAUGCCGACGAGCAGCAGGCCGCGGCGGACUUGUACGAGAGGGAGAGGGGAGGGGAGAAAGGUGACGCGACCCAGGUGGCCGUUACCCCGGGGGUGAAGGUGUAG